AUGGCGGCGCAGGCCGUGUGCGCCGUCGCGCAGGUCUUCAUCCUGGGGCUGCCCUCCCGCAUCGCCUCCGUCUGGUUCGGCCCCGCCGAGGUCUCCACCGCCUGCUCCGUGGCCGUGCUGGGCAAUCAGCUUGGCACUGCCAUUGGCUUUUUGUUGCCACCUGUCCUGGUUCCAAAUACCCCUGAUGAUAUUGAUCUAAUGGCACAUAAUAUAAGCAUAAUGUUCUAUGGAACAGCAAUAGUAUCCACACUUUUGUUCUUCUUAACAGGAGUUGUGUUCGAAGAGAAGCCCAAAUACCCUCCCAGUCACUCUCAAGCAGUCCUGCAAGCUAUGCCUCCUGAGGAUUACUCCUACAAGCAGUCAAUUAUUAAUUUGAUCAAAAAUGUCCCAUUUGUACUUCUGCUGAUCAGCUAUGGAAUUAUGACUGGAACAUUUUAUUCUGUUUCCACAUUAUUAAACCAGAUGAUAGUAACUCAUUAUGAGGGAGAAGAAGUGAACGCUGGGAGAAUUGGCUUGACACUGGUGGUGGCAGGAAUGGUGGGUUCGAUUAUUUGUGGUUUGUGGCUGGAUUACACUAAAACGUACAAGCAAACUACUUUGAUUGUUUACAUUCUCUCCUUCAUUGGGAUGGUGGUGUUCACCUUCACACUGGACCUCGGGUACCUUAUAGUGGUGUUUGUGACUGGAGGGGUGCUUGGGUUCUUCAUGACUGGCUAUCUCCCACUUGGGUUUGAAUUUGCAGUGGAAAUUACAUACCCAGAGUCUGAAGGCACUUCUUCAGGUCUCCUCAAUGCAUCGGCACAGAUAUUUGGAAUUGUCUUCACGCUUGUUCAAGGAAAGCUUACAACAGACUACAGUCCUCGUGCAGGAAACCUCUUUCUUUGUGCUUGGCUGUUCGUGGGCAUUAUCUUAACAGCCUUAAUAAAAUCAGAUCUGCGAAGACACAAUGUGAAUUCAGGGAUUAUGAACAUGGAUGUUAAAGCUGUACCAGUUGACAAUCCAGUAGAACGUGAAACUUGUACUGCAUUAAAAAUUCAGUCAGAUUUGUAAACCCGAAAGAAGAUGGCUUAGAAACGCACAAUUUUGGUUGAAUGCUGAAGAAAAUUAGUGUAAUCACUGGAUUUAUGUGUAUGAGUAGUAAAAUGUGUUUGGUGAUUUUGGUGACAGUUGCGUGGUGGGAGCUAUGAAGAUGCUGACUUCAUUUUGCCCAAGACAUAAACAAUAGGACUUUGUAUGGAAUAUUUAUUGUAACAGAUUACGAGUUUUGCCGUUUCAUCACAGAAUCGUAGGGGUUGGAAGGGACUUCUGGGGAUCAUCGAGUCCAACCCCAAAAUGCUCUCUGUUUUGGGAAGAGGCGUACAUUCAGGAUGCACACCAAAAUGUGCAUUUGGAAUCCUAAACUACAGUCAUGAUCAGAAGUAUCUUCUCCCCAGGAAAUCAAAAGUUAGUUAAUUUCUUGUUCAGUUCUUUCUAGUGCUUUUACCAAGUCAGAGUAGGUAGCUGCAUGACUGGAGGGUAUUCAUACUUCUUUUUAAUGUCUCUGAUGUAAGACAGCAUUUCCUUCUGGGAAACUGUCUAUAGCACAAUUCUGAAAAUGAGAUAACUGCAAUUAUGUGUAUUGAGUUUCUUUUGCCUUGAAACUUCUUGACCGAUAGUGGAAGAUGAGAGAAAAUGCUUUUUUGUAGGUUCAUCAAGCAUUUAAAGAGUUUCCUACUAGGUAUGUUAAGAAAGUACAUUUCUUAUUAAAUAGAAAGAAAAGAAGAAGAAAGACCAUUGAUUUAUCUAUCUGUCUAUGGUGAAGUAUUCACAGGCAAUGGAAUAUGAUUGCACAGGUUGCCUCCUGAAUAUUUUGAGUGCUUUCUCAGUUCAAAUGAGAGGAACAUGUGUUUACAAAGAGAUGGUGCCUUUACAAAGUAAAGAAGAUCCUUGCCUCAUCUUGAGUUUGACCAGUGCUGCUGAAGAAAUUCCGUAUUGCUUAUUAAGCCUCCUGAAUAUUUGUGGAGUAUCAGAAAAUGUGUUCUACCUGUUGUAUUGUUGUUUUUCCCUCCAUUUAUUUCUCUGUGUUACGUUGUAUCAUUUGUCUCCUGUAAAAUUUUUAUGCUCACUGUAUAACUUAACAGUAAAUGAUGUCUUGUUCUUCACAGUUAAGAGCCGUAGGAGUGACUGAAAGGAAAAUAGUGAUGUUUCUCUUUGUCUGAUGAAAUACUUGCUGUUUAAAUAAUGAGUCUUAGCUACAAAGUAUGUUUCUUCGCGUUUGUAUUAUAAUUGUUUGUAUUGUUAUUUCUCACUGCAGUGCUACUGAUAUUAUUCUUCACCUUGUGUACUAUCUACCCAGCUACAGAACUGCCAUCCCUACAGUAAUACUGAGGCUCUUCUACUGAAAAGUCCAGCCAGAGUUAGCAGCAUUGAGGCUUUAACAGCCUUUCAGGUGAGCCUGCAGUUUCAGUGCCGUCAGCGAUGCAGUCUCUGCAUUCCUACAGCUGUAGUGCCAUCCAGCAGGUUGAAUCCUGCUUGAAGUUUUUUUGUGGGUUAGAUUGAUAUGGGGAACUUUGCAACUCCCAAGAUAGUCUUUCAAGGUGUUAAGUGAAAUUAAAUGCUUUUAUUUUGCCUUGUUUCUGUAUUUUUUUUUUAAUAUAUAAAACAGAACCUGUAUAUGUAGUUUUCUUAACUUAGCCUCUAAGCCUUGCUCUUAAUUUGGUGUUUUGUGUGAUAAAUGCUUCAGACAUGAGUAGGCUGAGUGGCAGUUUGUAUGUAUCUGAAGAAGCCAGGCAUAUCUGAACAUUUGUCUUUCCAAAACAAGUCCAUGCCUCUGCUGGAGCCAGUGCCAGAGAGAAAGUGGGCACGCUUUAUGGCUCCUGGAGAGGCAAGCUCUGUGAGAGGAGUCCUCUGUGAGACAGCUGAAUGGAGAUGUUCAAAUGGCAGACAAGAGAAUAGGAGUGGAAGUAGAGGUACCUUAUUUACCUCAGUUCUUACGUGAAACAACUGAUACCAGCUGCCCCAUUCAGGGAUGUACGCAUUUUCAGCCUGAGUGAGCAAAGUGAAAGUUCCUUCCUUUUGCUUUCUGAGUGAUUUUUGCCUUUAGAGAAGUGGUGAUACUACGAUGUAUAUAUAACUCUUCCACAGAAUGCAGAUAUACAGAAUACUGUAUUCAGAGACUGUGUUUGCUAUGCGCUUUCCCUUUUGAAAGCAAAAAUUUAGGACCUUCUGUUUUGGGGGGGAUGUGCUUUCAGAUGUCCAAUAGAGUCUUUGGCAGCACCCAGAAUACUUUCUAAAUGUCUGCUAAACACUCUAAAGAGCUCUUAAUUUAUUUUGGAAACUCCUUUCCCUACUAGAUUCCAGUUUGUUUAGUUAUUUUCAGUUGAUUAUUGAAAACUAUUCCAGCCCUGCCGGCUCCUUGUGUUUUUCAUCUUCUGCCAAAUUACUUGGCUGCCCUCUGAGAUUGUCCAAACAAGAUUUUUGGCAUACUAAAAAACCUGCAGGGUUCCUGGAAAAGAAAAUAUUCCUAAUAAUGAAGACUUAAUUACAUCCUGGAUUUAAUGCAGAUCAGAAGGAACUUGAAAGUCGGAAACCUGUGAGUAUGUAUUUAUUUGGAAGCUAUUUCUGGGCAAGGACUAAGUAUAGAAAUAAAAGGCUAAGUGGCAAAAUGAGGAACAAAUAAACCAACACUCUUCUCAUCUUUUCACAAAAAGAAAAAAAAAAAAAAGGUUCUAGCUUGUGGCAGAAACAGAUUUGGGAUAGUUGGGGCUUUAUUUUUUGCUUUCUGUUUGUUUGUUUUUAAAUAAUAUCAAUCAAAUGUGUCUGGAAUUGGAAAUAGUGUUUCUGACUUUCUGAGCCUUGAGAUUAUGGCUCAGCCCUCUUCUGGCAGAGGCUAAGAAUCAAAACUUAAAGAGUAAUGAGUCCAGGAAUGGGAUCGUGUGUGCCAACUGUGAGAGGACAGAAUCAGAAACCAUGUGAGGAGAGCCAUCCCAAUUCCAUGCAUUAAUUUGUGCUUUAAGUAUGCUCUUCUACCUAUCACAGGAGUGUGUGUUUACUGUUACCAACUUACGUUUCCUAGUGGAAAAAGUGCUUUUUGAAAAAGCCUUGGACUAACUUCUGGGUCUAUGACUAAAUGAAAUUGGGUUAAGCUGUGAGUAUGUAUCACUCUCAUUUUCCAUUCCAUUAACUCAAUAGUUUUACUUCGUGAAUGGGAAUGUGGUGUUGGUUCUCAUCUUGCUGUACUUGUAACAGCAUUACAGUACAUCUGAAGCAUUAGAGACUAGAAACGGUUCAUAGCCCACAAGCUAAGCUGUUGUAUCCAUGUUUUAUCCCCCCUACACCCAAUGUGCUGCCUGAAAUCUGUGAAGAGAAAUUGUUAAUACACAGAAUAGAAUGGAAUAAGCAAAAAUAUGCUUAAGAGAAAUACAUUUUCUUGUAAGACCUGUGAUAUAUACUGCUUGUCUUUGUUCUCUUGGAGAUCGUGAAGAUUUUUGCUGUAAUUUUUUGUUAUUGUCCCAUUCUUUGUUUCAAAAUAAAGUAAAAAAAAAAAUAAAAAAUCCCUAUGAAUAUUCUCUGAAUGCAGUAUUGUAUAUAUGUGGGUGAAAUCAUUCUUUACCGUUACAUGCCAUUUACAAAGCUUACUGCAUACAACUUGAUUGGAGCAAAGCUGCUGGUACAGCUGAUGUGUUAGAUUCAUUUUGCCCCCCUCCAAAGCUGUCAUUUAGUGUAGGAAAGCUAAGCUUUAUAUGUGAAUUUUGUACUGUGCACUUAAUAAACAUGCAUGCAUUCAUA